CCCCUCAACUCCCAGGGUGUGGAGGGAGAUCAGGGAUGGAAAGAGGUUUCCUUGGUGCUGGCCUCCAGCCCUUUGACUCCCCUUUGCUCUCCCCCUGCAGGUACUGUGGGGAGCGCUCCCAGUUUGUGGUGGCCAGUACCACCAACAAAAUCGAGAUUCGGUUCCACUCGGACCAGUCCUACACAGACACAGGCUUCUCUGCAGAGUUCCUGUCCUAUGACUCCAGUGAUCCCUGCCCUGGCAAGUUCACUUGCAAUACCGGCCGCUGCAUUGACAGGAGCAUGCGCUGCGACGGGUGGCUGGACUGCGUGGACGGCAGUGAUGAGAGGUCCUGCAGUAAGUCCAGCCUUGGUUUCCCUUUGACACAGCAUGGGAAAGGCCAUGCUACCCAGGAGUCUGGGUAAUGUGACUCAGUGCUGGCUGGAACCAGCACUGCCACCUUCCUCCAGGCUGGAGUGAGACUCAGUGCGAGAUUUGGAUCCCUUCUCAGCGUUAAGAGCUAUGUGCUCCUGCUAAUCCAGCCCUCUCCCAAUAGCAUUGCCCUCUCUUUCCAGUUCCUUCCAUCGGGGAAUGUGUUUUUCUGUGUAAUCCUGCUGGUUUUAGGUUUGGCUGAGCUGAGUGGUGUGGAGGGGCACC